AUGGACGUUGACACAGCUACGGUAUCGAGAAACAAGGGCAAGCAGACCGACGUGUCACCGCAGCCCAACGAGAACCUGCCGUGGGUGGAGAAAUACCGGCCAACGACGCUCUCUGAGCUCGUGUCGCAAAAGGACAUUGUCGACACGCUGCAGCGGUUCAUCGACUCCGGCAAGCUCCCGCACUUACUCUUCUACGGACCGCCCGGAACCGGCAAAACCACGACAAUUCUGGCAAUUGCGCGCAAGCUGUAUGGCAAGAGCAUGCGCAACAUGGUGCUCGAGCUGAACGCCUCAGACGACCGUGGUAUCGACGUGAUUCGCGACCAAAUCAAGACCUUUGCGAGCACGCGUACUGUGUUCAGCUCCGGGCUCAAGCUGGUGGUGCUGGAUGAGGCUGACGCAAUGACGAGUGCUGCGCAGGCAGCGCUCAGGCGCGUGAUUGAAAAGUACACGAAAAACGUCCGCUUCUGCAUCAUCUGCAACUACGUGUCGAAGAUUACGCCUGCGGUGCAGUCGCGGUGCACGCGGUUCCGGUUCGCGCCCCUGGUUCUGAGCGACAUCAACUCGCGGCUGGACAUGAUUGUGGAGCGCGAGAGUGUCAAUAUUACGCCCGAGGGGAAGCAGGCGCUGAUCAAGCUGUCGAAUGGCGAUAUGCGGCGCGUGCUCAAUGUGCUGCAAGCAUGCCAUGCGGCGUACCCGCGGAUCGACAGCGAGGAAGUGUAUGCGUGUACGGGCCAGCCCAGCCCCGACGACAUCAAGCGUGUGGCCGACUGGAUGCUCAACGAUGACUUCCACACGGCGCUGGACAACAUUGCAGCGCUGAAGCGCGACAAGGGCCUGGCGCUGCAGGAUAUAUUGACUGAGCUGGUACCAUUUGUUAAUGCCAUCGAUUUCCCGGCAAGCACGCGUAUUUUCCUGCUUGAGAGCAUCGCCGAGAUCGAGCACCACAUGGCGACUGGCGCAACAGAGAAGAUCCAGCUGUCGUCGCUGGUUGGGUCGUUCAAGCUGGGCGUCGAGAUGGCCGCCAAGGCCUGA